UCUAUCUCUGCCUCCCCUCCCUCCAUGGCUAUCGUUAGAGAUCCAGCCUUUACAAUCAUUGAUGUGUUGGAGCCGGGGAUUUGCACAGGAAGGGGGCAUCCUUAGAGGGCUCGCUUUAUGUUUUUGCCCACCUUAUUGCUGAUCAGCAGAAUGUAUAGGGGAGGAGAGGGGCAGGAUUUUUGAAAAUCUAAGUCAUUUCCUGUUAAGGAUCAUUUCCUGGUUAAGACCCAGAUAUCAGCUGCUGUGCUGUUCCCAUACACAAUAUUCAAUUUAAUACUUCAUGGAUCUAAUUGCUUCAAAGCAUCUCAAUCUCCUGCAAGGUUGAUGUGCUGAGUGACUGCCUGUGAUGCAUGUUUUGGAGAGCAUGCUUGGCUUCCAUUUAUGUAGCAUUUAAUGGGAUAUUUCAAUUUCUACCCUGACUCCAUCUCUGGUAUAGGGUUGGUUAUGCUAACCCGGCAUAAUUAGUGUAUGCAGGACUGUCACCGUUUUAAUAUAUGUAUGUGUUUGUUAACCCCUGCUGCAGUUUAAGUGGAGAUUUUUUCUUUCUUUCUUUUUUUCUGCCAUUUUUGUUUAGAACAUUAUAUUUAGGGCGUGAUAGCUGUUGAAUGAAAUCAUUCAUCUGAUCUUGUGGGAGGCAUCAUUUUGCUUGUUGAAGACUUUUGGGGGUCAAUACCAUGAAGAAGUUUUUUGACUCCCGGCGUGAACUUGGAGGAGCAGGAUCUGGAGUCGGUGGUGGGUCAUCCAGUGGCUUAGGGACCGGUUACAUUGGACGAGUCUUUAGUAUUGGGCGACACCAAGUGACAGUGGAUGAAGUUUUGGCUGAAGGAGGAUUUGCCCUUGUUUUCCUGGUUCGAACCAGCAAUGGGAUGCGCCGAGCACUAAAACGCAUGUAUGUGAAUAAUGAGCAAGACCUACAAGUUUGCAAGAGAGAGAUUCAAAUCAUGAGGGAUCUCUCUGGACACAAGAACAUCGUUGGAUACAUAGAUUCCAGUAUUAAUUCUGUGAGCAGCGGAGAUGUUUGGGAGGUUCUAAUCCUGAUGGAUUUCUGUCGAGGAGGACAAGUUGUGAACUUGAUGAAUCAACGACUGCAGACAGGAUUCACAGAAAAUGAAGUUCUUCAGAUCUUCUGUGACACAUGCGAGGCAGUGGCCCGUCUUCACCAGUGCAAGACUCCGAUAAUACACCGGGAUCUCAAGGUUGAGAAUAUCCUGCUACAUGACCGUGGUCACUAUGUCCUGUGUGAUUUUGGAAGUGCAACAAAUAAAUGCCAGAACCCUCAGAGCGAGGGGGUCACAACAGUUGAGGAGGAGAUUAAAAAAUAUACAACCCUCUCCUAUCGUGCUCCUGAAAUGGUUAAUUUGUAUAGUGGAAAAACAAUCACUGCUAAAGCCGAUAUAUGGGCGCUGGGCUGCCUACUUUACAAGCUCUGCUUCUUCACACUGCCAUUUGGCGAGAGUCAGGUUUCAAUCUGCGAUGGCAAUUUCACCAUCCCGGACAAUUCUCGUUAUUCUCAGGACAUGCACUGCCUAAUCCGGUAUAUGCUUGAGCCAGAUCCUGAUAAGAGGCCAGAUAUAUAUCAAGUAUCCUAUUUUGCAUUCAAGCUAGUGAAAAAGGAAUGCCCAGUCCAGAAUGUGCUCGACUCUGUGAUCCCUGCAAAGCUCCCAGAGCCAGUUAAAGCUGGAGAAGCUGCUGCCAAGAAAACUACUCCCAAGGCUAGGCUAACAGACCCUAUUCCAACAAUGGAAACUUCCAUAGCUCCACGGCAAAGGCCCAAAGCUGGACAGACGCAACCAAAUCCAGGCAUGCUUCCUAUGCAGCCGGCCCUUACACCACGUAAAAGACCAACUGUGCAACCAGUUGUUCCUAGCUCAGGUGUAGCUGCCAGUGUUCAGGCUCCUGCACCUUCACCUGUGCUGCCGGCUGUAAAACCAGUGGCCCAACCCCAACUGCAGGCUAAGGUGGCACAACCCGCGCCGCAGGUUACCAUACCAGUAACUACCGCUCCACAGCCAGCGCCACUGCAAACACCAACACCAGUACCUGCACAGCCAGUACCACUGCAACAACAGCAACUCUAUCUGAAACAGCAACUUCUACAGCAGCAGCAGGCAGCUGCCUUAUUCCAACAGCAGCAGAUUCUGCAGGCUCAACAGAUGCAGGCAAUGCAGCAACAGCAGAUGCUUCAAGCAUACUACUUGCAACAACAGCAGCUUCUAGCUCAGCAGGCUGCCAUGCAGCAGAAGUCGGUGGUACAAAAACCUUUACCGAACCAGCCUCAAGCUCUACCGACUGCUGUUCAGCCAUCAGCUCCCCCAGAACAAAUGAUUCAAGCUCCAAUGAGAGCACCACAAAUGCCCCAGCCAGUACUCACUCAAUCUGCAACUGGGCAGAAGCUAGGCUCCCUUACUCCUCCAUCAUCACCCAAGACCCAACGUGGUGGGCAUAGGAGGAUUCUGAGUGAUGUUACACACAGUGCUGUAUUUGGCGUACCCGCUAGCAAAUCUACUCAACUGCUACAGGCAGCCGCUGCUGAAGCAAACCUCAACAAGUCCAAGUCGGCCACCACUACCCCAUCAGGUUCACCACGAACCUCCCAGCAGAAUGUCCACAUACCUGCAGAGCCACCUGGUUGGAAUCCCUUUGAUGAUGAUAACUUCUCUAAACUCACUGCUGAGGAACUUCUGAACAAAGACUUUGCCAAGCUGGGAGAAAGUAAACCACAGGAACCGCUAAGCAGCUCAGCAGAGAAUCUCCUGUCUGGGUUUCCGGCUCCUCCUGCUGUGUCUCAGGCUGAUGUUUUCGGACCAUCCCUGUUUUCCAGUGCACCAGCUGCAGAAAAACCUGCAGACGCACAAGUACAAGAUCCCAGCCCUCCGCUGCAGAAAUUGGCUGAUCCCUUUUUACCUCUCGCUCUGUCAGAAACGCCAGAGAAAUUGAUUGAGGGUCUCAAAUCACCGGAGCCCCAACUCCUGCUCCCUCACCUAGUGCAACUGGCUGAUCCCUUUGGCAGCACUUCUGAAGCUUUGAAUGGAAAGGCAGAGAUAGCGGUUGAAAGCCUAAUCCCUGGGCUUGAACCUCCGAUGCCUCAGCGUCUGUCUUCACAGGCAGACUCCAUCGCUUCAAACCGCACAGACUCUCUUACUGGGGAAGAUUCUCUUCUUGACUACUCCCUUCUUUCUAACCCUGGGGCAGACCUUCUCGAUGAAUUUGCACCUGUAUCUCUCUCUGCUCCAGCUUCUGCAGAUGAUACUAACUUCCUAACGGGCUUUGAUAUGCCGGACGAAACAGAAAAAAGGGCUGAUGAUGAAUUUGAUCCUAUUCCGGUUUUGGUAUCCAAAAACUCCCAAGGUCUUCAGCGAGAGCCUCAAACGUUUCCACUUGGAAGUGAUGUGCAUCAGAACAUCCUCGGUUCUGCAGGAUAUCCAGUGACUGUUGAUAGUACCCAUAUUCUAGAGUUAAAGACGGAUACUCCACCAAAGGGUCCCUCCAUUAGCAGUUCCAUUCAUAGCAGUGAAGAAGAAGGCACUGAUCAUGAAUCAGAUCUGUUGGACUGCAGCGGGUCACGACCUCUGUUAAUGGAGUCUGAUGAAGAAGACGGCUCAAAGAAAAUCAAGAAUGCAGUAUUUGGAAAUUUUUCCCAAGAGACAAUUCCUACCCUGAACUCCCAAGUGCACAAUUUAACAAAAGUGGUGACUUUGGGAUCUGCAGAAGGGUCUGCACAAGAUAUAAAUAUCUUUGCCACUACACCCUUCAUAGGUUCAAAGGUACCCCAAGACGACUCUGAUAUUUUUACCAAAGCUCCUUUUGUUGCUAAAUCAGCCUCUACAUUGGGCCAGAAUGAGGAGCCUGAUGUUUUUCUUAGAGCUCCUUUCUCUAGGAAGAUAAGCAUAGAUGAAGCAACUCCAAACAUUUCACCACAUGCUGUUCCAUCCCUUGUAGCCCUUGAUGUGGCAUCAGUAGGUAAUGCUACAUUCCGAAACGUAGACUCUGCAGUGGGCACACCUUCGAUGAAGACCUCUUAUACCACUGGAAACCUCUACGCACAUUCCAGCAGAAUGGCUGAUACAACAGAGUCCUCUCUGUUUACAAAUGCUUUAAAGUGCCCACCCAGUGCAGAAAAUCACAGGAUCCCAGGAUCUGAUGUUUCACCGGAAACCGUGUUUGGGGCUGUUGUCACAACACCUUUUCGUCCUCAGUCAUUGUCUAAGUAUUCCCGACACUACAGUCCUCAAGAUGGACAAAACAUGGAUGCUCAACCCAUUGCUGCUUACAAAAUAGUGUCUCAGGCUGCAAAAGUCUCUGUUGCUGGAUCUGUUCCCAUACCCUCUAUGACUUACAGGACUUCAGAAACUUCCAGCUCUGAUCCUUUUGAUGCUGCACCCUUCCCUUCAAAAUCUGGCAGACAGAAUCCAUAAAAUUAAUUGUGGUGAUGAUGGCUGUAGUUCUAAACAUUCACAAAUAGAAUCCACUCCGGCUAUGGUCCCCAACCUGUCAAUUUAUUUGGAAGCCAGUGUUGCAGUACACUUCCUGUAUAUUACUUUCAAUGAAUAUUAAUGUUUACAAAUGAAGACCCAAAGUUGUAUUAGUUUUCAUUUUUCUCUAUCUGUCCUCUUGGCAACGGCAGCAAUCAGGAGAAAGCUUACUUUUUUUAUUCAUUUUCUUUACUCAGUGCAAGGAAAACUGAAACCUGUUACCUCGCGUCAUCGAUUUUGUAGGAUUUGAGUUAGUCAUUUUGUUUUUAAUUGAGAAGUAUUCCAUAAAAUAAGCAGCUUCGAUUUGUAAAUAUUAAUAUUCCAUUAUUACCCUGUUCCUGCUUUUACCUGGCAUGUUGAUAGAGCAGGGAUGUCAGUAGAUCUUCUCAUUUUUUUGAUGAAGCACUAUAGGAUCGUUGGUUGUUUUCGUUUCUUUCCUUUUUUGUGUUGUCUGCUCCUUUAAGUAUAUUAAGCGCUUAUAUUGCCCUGCUAGAACAGUGUUUAAAUCACUUUUUUUUCCAUUCUAUUUCCUUUUCUUAUUUGUGGAUCAAAAUAAGUGUUACGGUUGGGUCUUAGAUUUUGAGGUGCCUUAUAUAUAGAGAUGGAACAGUUUGUCCUAAUAUUUUCGGAUUAACGUAAAUUGACAACCCAGUGGCAAACUGCCAAUAUAGAGUCGGAAAUAGCUCAGUUUAAAAACAUUUUUUCAGCUAAGCUAUUUUAGCCUAAAUUCUGCAACUUGGUAUAUAGUUCUCACUGCUUAGUGAGUUAAGAUCUAAAUAUGGGAUGCCGGAGAUCCUGAAAAUGUGAUGACGAUUAAUUUCAUCUCAGCCUUAGAAUUUUAUUGCCAUUCUCAUUGUAUAUGUGCUUUUUUUUCCCUCUAGCCAACGUUUUAAUGUAUUAAUAGAACUUGAAAAAUGAAGUCCUGCGUAGCACAAUGUGGAUUCCAUUCUUCUACACACUCAAAGCACCCAACAAUAUAAAACCUGUUUCAGUUGGAACAAAGGAGUGACAAUGUAGCAGCUUCUUAGACUUUAUUUAUGUAGAUCAAUGUGUAACAUGCAUGUGCAUGCAUAUACUGUAUGUGUAAUGUAAAUUACAGCUGAAGCCGAAAGCAAUCUCCUGCCAUCAAAUCUUACUUGUAUGUCAUGGACAAAUCAUCAUUUUGGACACGUCCCAGAGAAGCAUAUACAUAGAUGCAUUUCUCUAUUUAUGGAGAACUAUUGCAACUUCAUCUUUUUCAGAAUCAUAUCUUUCGUAUAACCCCUAAUAUGGGGAGAGGGAAUAUAUUUUUUAAGGACAGUCCGGGUAAGCAUAGAGUUAUUGCUACUCUCUGAUGGGUAUUAGUUUCUAAAACUAUAUUAUCUGAGUAUGUUUACCUAGGUUUAUAGUAGAUCUGAAGGUAUGCAUGAAAUAAAAGGACACAUUUUCUUUAACUAUCUGCUAAAACGGAGAGCCAGAAAUUUAUUAGGCAAAAAUUUGCUGUUGACUAUAUAGAUUUGAACUUUGAAAAUCAAUUAGCUAAUUGAAUGUGUACCAUAUCACUUGACACUUUUCAUUUCUUUCAGUUUACUUUAACCCACUAAGAUUAUCAUUUGGUUCAGUUUCUUCAAGUUCCUACAAAAAGUUAUUAAACAAUAAGUCUCACCUUCAACAAAACGUGUGAUAAUCGGAGGUGACUCCUUUCUUGUGUAAGUUUAGCGAGUGUAAAGAGGAUCGGUAACUAAAGGGCAUACAAAGCUUCUAAAGCAUACAACAUUGGCAGGCUUGCACUGUUAUGUAACUGACACUUAUGUGGAAUUAACAAUCUGAGUACACUUAAAUUGAGUGUAAGUCCUUUAUAACAGGAGUGGUCAGCCUCAUCCUCUAUCUGGUACUGGACAGUGUUCCCGCAUAGCAGAGAAUUUAAAUGACAGUUCCAUUAACAGACACCAGAAUACUUGUUGACCACUUAUAUCCAUCUGCCUUUCUAAAUUCAUGAAUUAUAAAGAAUGUUCUGCAUAUAUUAGUGGGGUGUGUGUGUAUAUGUAUAUAAUACGUGUAGAUUAUAUGUGUGUGUGUGUGUGUGUGUGUGUAUACACACGCACAUACAAAAAGACGUUGCACUUUAGUCAAGUAAAUAAUUACGUGACAUAUAUUUUAGAAACCCCUUAAGUCCUCUACUUUAAAGAAAAAAAAAUUAGCCUGGCCAUCCCCCAUCUUGGAUGAUGCGUUGCCAUUCAACAGCUGGUUACAUUGUUCUGUAGAGUAGGAUCAUACUGACCAAAUUAGCCGCCUGUUUCACAAGACAGAAACAAAAACAAACCUGUAAAACAAGACUUUGUGCAUAUUUUUGGUGUUAAAAAUUAUUUGAACAUUAAUCAAAUCAAAAUCAGUUCUGCUUCACCUCAUCGUGUAACAAAGAAUAAGUUAAAUGUGUUAUAAAAUAGAAGACAAAUGAAUCACUAUUGGUGUGGCAUUGCUAUCCUGUAAAUUCCAAACCUAUUAUUUAUUGGACAUUUGUAAUCUAGUGUGGCUUUGCUCUGUUUUGGUGAGGUAAACUGUGGAAUGCCCUGUCAAUAUACUCGGAGCUGUGGCACCUUCUUAUUUUGCCCUUAGGUUGUGGACUGCUGCUUCUUCCAUCUGAGAGGAACUUGAAGAAACAUGUUGGUUAAAACAUAAUAAAAUUUCAGUCACUGAAUUAAA